CCAGCUGUUGUGCGCAUGUGCGGCAGGACGGGAAGGCUUCUGCCUCGAUUACCUUUACGCUCGUUACGUAAGCUAUGGCUGAGCUCCACGGACGCAGAAAGGAGCGCGGCAGCGGCGGCCCGUCGGCUGAGGGCGCAUCCUCACCCAGCCCCGGAGUCCAGAGGGAAACAUCUGGAGACACCUCCACGGUGUUUGUUAAACUGCUAGCCGCGGCCUUUUACGGAGUCAGCUCGUUUCUGAUCGUUGUCGUCAACAAAAGCGUCCUCACCAGCUACAGGUUCCCAUCAUCAACAUGCGUUGGGAUUGGCCAGAUGCUGGCCACCAUAGUGGUCCUGAGGGCGGGGAAGAUGGUGGGUGUCGUCUCCUUCCCGGAUCUGGACUCGACCAUACCAGGCAAGAUGUUCCCUCUGCCCCUGCUGUAUGUUGGGAAUCAGAUCUCUGGCCUUUUUGGGACCCAGCGACUCAACUUGCCCAUGUUCACCGUUCUGAGGAGGUUCAGCAUUGUUCUCACAAUGGUGUUUGAGGGGCUCCUCCUGAAGAAGACCUUCUCUGCGUCCAUAAAGAUGACCGUAUUCACCAUGAUCUUUGGGGCUUUUAUCGCUGCAAGCGCCGACCUGGCGUUUGAUCUGGAAGGGUACGUCUUCAUCAUGCUGAACAACGUCCUGACAGCAGCUAGUGGAGCUUUUGUGAAGCAGAAACUGGACUCAAAGGAGCUCGGCAAAUACGGGCUGCUGUACUACAAUGCUUUGAUCAUGGUUUUCCCCACGCUGGCAUACGCGUAUUACUCUGGAGACUUGCAGGCGGGCCUGGAGUUCGAAGGCUGGGCUGACCGGCUGUUUGUUGUGCAGUUUGUGCUCUCCUGUGUGAUGGGCUUCAUUUUAAUGUACUCCAUCAUGCUGUGCACGCAGUGCAACUCGGCGCUCACCACCUCCAUUAUAGGCUGCAUCAAGAACAUCCUGGUGACGUACAUCGGGAUGGUGUUCGGUGGAGACUACAUAUUCACCUGGCUGAACUUCCUAGGUCUGAAUAUCAGCAUUGCUGGGAGCCUGGUGUACUCCAAAAUCAUCUUCACACAGGAACAAACCAAAAAGGCAUAAAUCCUGGAGUCCGAUCCCACUGAAGGGGAAGAACGAUGAUCGCCCGCUGGUACCGGCACGUCUGCACUUUGAGGAGAAGUCAUCCGACUUUUAAAGUUUGCCGUUGUCUUAAAGCUCUGUAUUAUGAUGUGAACUUCCUUAGCAAGGUUUUACCAGCCGUGGAGAUGGGAUUCUUUAGCCAUUCCAUCUGUAAUCAUAAAAAUGCUAUUUUUUAUAAUCAGAAUUAUUUUAUAAUUUUAAAAGAUGUGGUUACCUGAAUAAAUAAGCCAUUAAAUGUACUUGUUGAUACAGGAAACCAAUAAAUAUUUUAACAUUCAAAUUA